AUGAAGGUCAUCGCUGUUCUGGUUCUGGCUGUUUUCACUGGCUGCAAUGCCAACCUCUUCCAUGCUGAUGCGCCCAAGCCCCAGCUGGAGGUGCUGACUGAUGCCUUCUGGGACUACGUCGCAAAGGCAACUCAGACCGCUGAUGACACGAUCCAGAUGAUCAAGAAGUCUCAGUUGGGACAGGAGAUCAGCGCCCGGUUGACCGAUGGCACUGACAUGGCCAACCAGUACGCCGUCACCCUGCACGAACAGCUCCCACCCGCAGCCAAGGAGCUGAUUGCCAAGGUGAGCACCGAGGCCGACAAGCUGAAGGAGCGCGUGACCCAGGAGCUGAACACCGUCCGUGAGAAGGUGGAGCCUUACGCUAACAACGUGAAGGAACAGUUCAACGAGAGAAUGUUGCAGCUUCAGUCAGAGAUCAACCAACUUCUCGCCAUGGAUUCCGAGACCCUGAAGACCGAGCUCGUGAGGAGAAGCGAAGAGAUCAAGGCCAGCCUUGAGCAGAGCGUGGCUGAUCUGCAAGCUCAGCUUGAGCCCCACACCGGUGAACUGAUGCAGAAGGUGGACCAGCACCUGCAGACCUUCAAGGACAGCAUCUCCCCAGUGGCAGAGAAAGUUCAGGUUGAGCUGGCCCAGAGAGCCCAGCAGAUGAGAGAUCUGGCCACCCCUUACAUCGGAGAGCUGAAGGAUAACCUGGACCCCUACGCCCAGGAUCUCCAGGCCCGUCUCCUUGCCCUCUAUGAGGCCUACAUCAAAGCCAACUAA